UAGUCAGUAAACAUUGCAUAAUUACAGUGACAGAAUGUCAUCAAUAUCAUGUGAAUAAAAUUUUGUAAAUUUUUCUGAAGCAAAUUACAUUUUUCGUUUGUUUUCAAUUCGUUUUGUUGACUCUUUUUAUAAAAUGAGUUUUUUCUCGAAAAAACAAACUCCUGCAGAGCUUAUGCGGGAACAAAAUAAGAUAUUACGUCGUGCUCAGCGUGAUGUAGAGAAAGAUAGGCGAGAUUUAGAAAGGCAAGAAAAGCAGCUGGAAAUGGAAAUAAAAAAGGCAGCUAAACAAGGAAAUAAAGAGGUCUGUGCAGUUUUGGCAAAGAAUCUUAUUCAAGUCAGGAAGCAAAAAGCUAGAACAUACACUGCAUCUUCAAAAAUACAGUCUAUUGGUUCUCAAACUAAGAGUAUGCAUUCCAGUUCAAAACUUGCAAAUACUAUGGCAACUACUACUAAGACUAUGGGUGCAGUAAAUAGAGAAAUGAAUCCUCAAGGCAUAAUGAAAACAAUGCAAGAUUUUGAAAAGGAGUCAAUGAAAAUGGGCAUGACAGAAGAAAUAGUUGAAGACAGCUUAAAUGCAGUCUUGGAUGAAUCUGGAGAUGAAGAAGAACAGGAUGCAGUUGUCAACCAAGUGUUAGAUGAAAUUGGCAUUGAAAUUUCUGGGAAGAUGGCUGAAGCUCCUUCUGCUCAUAGAGGUGAACUAGGUGAAAGCAGCAAAAUAAAAUUCCCCACAGAUGAAGAAUUGGAAAAGCAGUUAGCUCAAUUAAGAACAUAGAGGGAAAAGGUAUUUGCAGCUGUUGCCUUGUUUUUUGGACAGUAUUGCAUAUUAAAUUUCAUGAAAAAAAUAACAGCAUUUUCAAGACUUUUAUAUGUAUUCUUUAUUUCUGCAGUAGCAGACCUUUCUGUACAAUAGGGAUGCAGUAUCAAACAAAAUAAUUUUUCUAAUAAACUUGUGAGAAAUGUUAUGUAUAAAAAACACUUUUAACAGCUGAAGGAAUUUCUAAGCUUGCUUAUGCUUAAUUUUUUAUUUAAGAUGUGUGAGAAUUUUAUGAAUUCUCUGAAGUACUUAAUGGCAUGUAACUGUGCUUAACCAAGAAAAUGUUCGUUAAACUUUUGCUGUAAACAUGUUCUGUAAAUUCCAGAAGUUAUAACUCUUCAUGAUAUUUUAAAUAUUUAAGAUUUAAAUCAUUUUAGAUUUUUUGUGAAUAUUAAAAUAUGUUGCUGGUGUACUUGGAAGUAUUUCAGAUGUACUAAAUCUUCAUUUCAUUUGUAAUUUGAAUACGAAUAAAUCUUGCCAUAUAAUAUCAAAUUUUUCAUGUCAUUAAAAUAAAAGUAUUUUUGCUGUUGA